CCUUGCCUCGUUCAUAUCCAAAACCUCAGCUCAUUUCUUAGCGAUGCCACACAACACCAACCUUUUUUCUCUUUAGAUGAGAGAGAGAUCUGGAAGUAAUAAGCUUCCUAGCUAUGGCAAACUCAGAGGUCGGAACGAGUAGUGAUGUUGCACGAUCAUCAGGAGGUGAGUACCAAGUGUUCCUAAGCUUUAGAGGGCCCGAUAUUCGUCAUGGAUUCACAGACUUUCUUUAUCACGGCUUAAAAGACGUCGGAUUCUGCAUAUUUAGGGAUGAUGAGGAACUUCGUGUCGGUGAUGUGAUUGGUGGGAGCCUUAUACAUGCUAUCAACAUCUCCAUAAUCUACAUACCAAUCUUCUCAGGGACUUAUGCUGUCAGCAAAUGGUGCCUCCGUGAGCUUGCGCACAUAGUAGACAACAUGUCUAAGUCAGAGGGUCAAAAAAGCAUCCUUCCCAUUUUUUUCCACAUGGAACCUGACGAUGUUAAACUUAACACUUCACUAUAUAGCGAUGCUUUACUAGAACACGCGAAGAAGUUUCCUGACGAAGUCGAGGCGUGGAGAGAAGCUCUUGUUGAGGUAGGUAAAAUCAAGGGAUGGAAUGUGAAAAAGGACCAAAGGUAA